AUGGUAGCACAGGUUGAGACCCUCGUCGCAGGUUCAAACAACAAUGAAAUGUCUGACGAAGAAUUGGAAAUUCCAAAAAUUAGUUCAGAAUUAGCUCAAUGGGGCAACUUUCAUAAUGGCGUGUCUUAUGCAUUAAUGAUUUCACCAAAAACAAAGGGUAUAAAUGGUAGUUGGAUUACCUUGAAUAAACCUCGAAAUCAACUGAAUGCAACACAUGGUGGCUUUUUAUUGGGGAUGGGCUUGAAUGGCCACUUAAAAAGUCUUGAAGAAUGGCAUGUGUAUAAUUAUUUAAGUCCUAAGGAAACUUUCACUAGUAUUGGUCUAUUAUUGGGAAUGAGUGCAAGCUGCAAAGGUACCAAAAAUUUCAAAUUAAUAAAAGUACUUGCAGUGCACAUUGUUGCACUUCUUCCAAAAGGCUCAAAUGAUUUAAACAUUAAUUUAAAAGUUCAAAAUGCAGGUUUAGUUGGUAUGGGAUUAUUGUAUUUAGGACACAAGGAUAAAAAAAUAAAUCAAUCUUUGAUAGGUGAAUUAAAAUCAUUUGUUAAGGUUGGUGAAGAAUUUAUUGCUGAUGAAAGCUAUAGAAUAGCCGUAGGGAUAGCUCUGGGGUUGAAUAAUUUAAAUACACAUAAUAUUGAUCCUUUCGAUCAGUAUGAUUCAGAUAUAGAUUCAAACAAUAGCAGUCUGCAUGAUAUAUUGUCUUUUAAUGAUGAGCCUUAUAAAUCAACGAAAACUAAUGAAUAUCCAUAUACCAAAACUGCCUUUUUUAGUUCUACCAAUAGAUCUCAUACCAGGGUUAAUGAUAUUAAUCCAAAUAGUGCAUUAGUCCAAGAUCUACUAAAACUACUAAACCAACAUUAUGACAAAGAGCCCUUUUGGUUACCAGGAAAUUCACAAAUUGGUGCGGUAAUUGCAUUAAUAUGUAUGUUUUUAAGGACCGAAAAUGUUGACAUCUCUUCCCAAAUAAAAUUACCUAUUCCUACAAGAGAUUCUACGAUAUAUUGUAAACCUGAACUUUACAUGUACAGAGAAUUCUGCUAUUUCAUGAUAAAUUGGAGUACUAUUUACGACAGUAUCGAGUUCAUCAUGCAUGAUAUCGAUCUUUCUGUAACUCACAAUUAUGACUUACCUCCUAUUUAUUACAUAAUGGCAGGUAGAGUAUUAGCUAUUGGAAUCAAAUAUGCAUCUACCGGUGAAAUUAAAGUGAGAAAUUGUUUAUUAUCUUUGCUUGAUCGUUACCUUCCAUUUUAUCAAUAUGUCAACACGAAUAUGCCAGUUGUUACGAUAUCAAAAAUUUACGCAAUAACAACACUUAUUAAUGCAUUAUUAAUUUCUGUAAGUUUGGUGAUGUGUUCUACUGGAGAUUUGAUGGUGUUUCGAAGGGUAAAGUAUUUACAUGAAGUUAUUACAGGGAGGUAUUCUGAUAUAUAUUCUUUAAAUAAAGAUAAAAAGACAAAAUCCACAUCAAAAAAUGAAACAAGACAAGAAAACUCAAACCAAUCUAAUAAUAAUGCUGAUGUUCCUGAAUAUGAAACGACAGGUAUUGCUAAUGAUAUUGAUCCAAUUAAUAAUCAAUCAAGAAAUUCUGAUAAAGAAAAAGAUCUUGACAGUCACUAUGGCAAAUAUAUGGUUACUUCUAUGUGUCUAGGAUUUUUAUUCCUUGGAUGUGGACAAUAUGCUUUGAAUACAUCUACUAUAGAAUCCACUGUCUAUAUUAUUAUAUCAAUCUUACCUUUUUUGAAAAGUCCAUACCACUUACAAGAACUUAAAUACUUUUGGAGUAUGUCUGUUGAACCAAGAUGUCUUUUUGUAAAAGAUGUGGUUACCGAAAAGGUAAUAGAUGGAGCAUCCGUAGAGAUUACCAUGAAGAAAAGUUACUCAACUGAUACAAUGGUUAAAAAAUCAUACACACCUUAUUUAUUACCUGAUAUAAGAAAUAUCAAAAAAUUGAAAAUUGAAAUGAACCAUUAUUAUCCUUUAGAGUUUGUAUUUAACAAAGAGUUUCCUGCAGUAGAGUUUUUUCAAAAUAAUACAACUAUAUAUAUGCAACCAAAAGGGGAAAAUAACGAAAAGAUUUGCACACCUGAAGAUAUAAAAUUUGGAUUAAAAAGGAGAUUAAACGAUGCUGAUGAAGGAAAAAAUAAGAAGUUUAAUUUUGCAUCCACUCUUUAUAAGACAUUAGAUAUUUCAGACUUGACAUUGCUAGAGUUGCAAUCAUUUCUGAAUAACAAUGAUAUUACUGAUUCAGAAUCUGACAAGUACGAUAUUGAAAUGUUAUGUACUGAUAAAUUAAGUGGGAACAUUACCAACUAUCAAUUACAGUUAUGGAAGACAACACAGAAUAAUUUAUAG